UUGUGACAGGCAAUCGUAAUCGUAUAGGCAUGGUAUACAUACAUGGUAUAUAUACAUGGUAGACGAACAAUUCGCUGUCGUAAAACGCUCCGUCUCCACCUCCCACCAAUGAGAAACUUUUGGUACCCCUUGCGGCCUUGCCUACUUUUCCUCAAUAUGCACCCACUCUACUAACCCACCCUGGUCUUAACCUGUCUUAACAAACACGCUUUUCUUUAGAGUGUAACCUGUAAGAUUAAUUUGUACCGGUUUUAGUGAAAAAUUCUUUAAUGUGUUUCAACUCCCCUUCAAAAAGUUCAAAAUUUCGUUAUAUCGAUAGUUUUCCAGAGUGAAAUUUAAUCUUAUUUACGAAUACAGAGUUUAUUCAAUAGCUCGGUAGCUUUCUUUGAGAUCAACAAGCAGGAAGGAUCUGAAAAAUAACAAACAUGCUUCCUUGUUUGAUUUGUCGAAUCUCGGGAAGCGGUCUUCUGCUACCAGUGAAUUAUGUGACCAAAAUUCAUGAUGCUCCAGUGCAGGUAUUGAUCGCAGCUGUGAGUGGGAAAUCCUUUUGCUCGGAUAAACUGGAUAACGAUCUACCAUAUAAUUGUUGUAAAAGAUGCAUUAACCGCUUGGUGAAGGCCUUCACAAUUCAGAAACAAAUACGUAAUCCUAAAGGAUGGAAACCAUUUUGUCCGCUGACGGAGAACCCGGACGAAGGCAUUGAUAAAUGUCGCAUUUGUGGAACGCUAGAGGCUUGCGAAUUUAUUUCUCUGGACUACAACCUGAACGACUGGAACAUGGAAUUCAGUUGUAUGAUGGCCAAUUUUGCUCAAACAGAUCCUCCUUCACAACACGAAGGCUGCAGUUGGCACAUCUGCAACGUGUGUGCCGUAGAUCUCAACGAAGCUUACGGGUUGAAAAAGCAACUUUCGGAGGCUAUGGAAAUUUUUCAGGAACAGAUUGAUAAUCAUCCCUGGCAGGGCAUGGAAACUGACAAACGGAGCGAAUCACCUCAUUUGAUUGUAGAUUUAGAGGCUACAUUAAUUAGCGGUGAUUUAGGAUACAUUUGCUCUGUUUGCUACCUAAAGAUAGACAUAAGUGCCCUUUCAGAGAAAUGUGAUGGUUGUUUGUUAAACUUCGGGAACUUUUCAGAAAUUCAAAGGCAGACCCAGUUAAAGAAAGUUCGUAGAACAAAAUGGACAAAAUUGUUGGAGUUGAAUGAAUCAAAGAUGAAAGCCAGUGCGGAAAAUAAAACACAGCUAUUUGACGAAAUGGAUACCGUUUCGCACAACUCGGAAGAAGUUUCAAAAGAAAUACUCGUCCAAUUAGAAUCCGCUGGAAAGCCACAGCAUUCACUGACCUAUUACAAAGACUGUUAUACACACGAAUUGGCAACGGUGUACUUCUGCUGCAUUUGCGCGAAACGGUUCCUUACUUCUGCAUCCUUGCGAAUGCAUAUGCACAAGAGCCAUCGGAAAAAGCUGGACGAAAGUAUCACUGACAAAUGUCAUUUCUGUACUGCACCGCUCCAAAAUGGAACCACCAGUUGGAAUCACGUUGUAAGAGAACAAACUGUGUACGCUUGCAAGACAGAUAACUGUAAUUUUAUGGCACUAAGAGCAUUCGAUAUGAACAUGCACCUCUCAGAUGGAGUACACAAAGGGAUGCCAGCGGAGGAAUCAUUCGAGAACGUCGUAGAGGAAUAUCGAACUGCGUCAACCAAAAUAUUCAAAUGCUGCGUAACCAAUUGUAUUGAUCGAUUCUAUAGGAAAAAUGAUCUCGAAAUGCAUUAUACAAUGAGCCAUUUCCCGAUCUUACCACGAGAAGGUAUUUGGUGUAAUUACUGUGGUAAGAACUUCAACACACUAGAGGAAUUGAACGGACAUAACGUUUGCAUUACUUCGAGCUACGCCUGUGCAUUGAAGUAUUGCGCAUUUAAAACAAACUCUGAAGAAAUCAUGCUUGCACAUUUGAAAGAAAAUGUUCACAGUUCGAAACUGAGCGGAAGCGAUUACGACCCUAAAUAUUUCAGGGUGACAGGCGCACUUGACCUGUACACCGAUGUUGUUUACCUUGAAGGUGAGCGAUGCUGUGGAUGUAAUCGAUUUUUUAUGACCCAGGAAGAAUUGACGCAGCAUUGCGAAGAUGUUCAUAGAUCAAAAGAUCAUGCUGAAAUCGAAUGCAAAAUAUGCUUCAAGCAAUAUCCUUCAAUGAACUUGGUAGAAAUGCAUCGGUCGGCUGUUGCUGAUCGAACUUAUUACUAUUGCCGAAAAUGCACAACGCUCAAGCGGUCCUACCGUCUGGCGGUGGAACACAUUCUGAAGACCCAUGGUUUGGAUACUGUCCAACCAUUUACCAGCAACGAGCUCUACGAAGUUUAUUCGGAAAACCGCUGGGUGUGCUGUAACUGUAUGAACUGUUUUGAUGAUGAAACUCAGUUGAAUGAGCACUGCCAGAGAAUGCAUACCAGCAUUCGAGUGAAGAACAACGAAUUAAGUUGCGACUUGUGUAAGAGGAGUUACGAGAACGAGGAAGCUUUGGUCAGACACAGAAAGUACUUCACCCAAGAACAAGCAUACCGGUGUUCGACCCCUUAUUGCAAAUUUAAAACGAAAGAUCUUUUAGAAAUACAACUGCACGUUAGCUCAGACGAUCUGGAUCCGGUGCAUAUCGAUGAACUGCAGGUUUUCUUUGCGAAAAGCCGCAGACCCGGCCGUGCUCGCUGCUGCCUACGAACCUGUCAACAGCAAUUUGAUUCGUAUGAAGAUCUUUUGGAGCAUGCUGGCGUAGAGCAUAAUAACAUUCAACAGGCCAACAUUAUCACCUUGAAUGCUGAUGCGGCCGAACACUUUUGUUCCGUUUGCUUCAAAGGUUUCCUCAGUCAUGGAAAGAUGAAAAGACACGAAACGAUCAGUCACGCGGUUCCGUGCCAUAAAUGCGGCCGUACAUACCUAACGAAAACAUUGGAGAUGCAUUUGUUUAGUUGUUCCAUGAAUGACAUUAACGAAAUGGUAUGUGAAAUAUGCGCGAAAGUAUUACCUAAUGAAAAGCUGUUGCGAUUACAUCAGAAAGAGCAUUCCGCUGUCCCUGUUUCUAGGAAACCUAAAGUGCCCUGUGAAGUUUGUGGCAAAAGUGUCGUUAAGUAUGUUAUGGAAAAACAUAUGAACCAGCAUAUGAAUAUACGACAGUUCGCUUGCAAACUUUGUCCGAAAUCGUUUUACGAUCCCAUUGUGUUGAGAAAUCAUUUGACACAAACCCACUCGAACGAACGGAAAUUCGCAUGCCGCGAGGGCUGCGAUAUUAGGUACAAAUACCCGGGUGAUCGGGACAGGCACGAAAAAAUCGUGCAUCUUGGUGAAAAGCCCUGGGAAUGCGAAGUAUGCCAAAGUACGUUUAUCAGAGAGCGUGAUCUUCGGUUACACCAGCGUAAACAUACCGGCUUACGCAUGUAUCCCUGUUUUAAAUGCAAUGAGAGCUUUGACGCGAAAGCACAACUGAUGGAUCAUGUUUGUGCAGCUUCCGUGGAAAACUCAAGUUAGACUAUUACAUUACUUUGUGGUUUUAUGUGUAUGUUGUACGUAGAAUGUAUCAACUAUAAGAUGACUCAAGGUUUGAAGUUCAAA